CCUCCCUCUUUCUCCCCUCUCUCUUUCUUCCAUCCCCCUGCUCCCCUCCCUGCCUCACUCCCUGCCUCCCUCCCUGCUUUUCUCGUCCCUCUCUCCCCCCAGGGCAGUUCUUCGACUGCCGCCGCCACUUCGACCACCACAGUGUCCUCGGCCGCGGGCAACUCCUCGGACGCGGGCCCGAACGAGGACCUCAGCCCGGGCCACCACUGCGCAACGAAUCAGUUCUGCGGCGUUCCCCAACCACACGAGCGUGAGCCAGAUCCUGUGCCCGAGCACCAACAGGUGUCCCGGCGAGGGCGCGCCCUCCUUUCCGAGGUGCUCGCCCGGCGCGUCGGACGCCUGCGCCUGCGAGCAGGAGAUGGACGGGGGGAAGCAGAGGAAGACGUGCAAGUGCCCGCAGACGGGGGACUGCUACGACUCGGUGCCGCCCGGCCAGGAGCCUCCUGCCGGCGCGGACGACCAGGCGGUGGAGGCCUUCGCAGAAGACCACGCGCCCGGCAGCGACUGCGCGCAGGGCCAGUACUGCGGGUUCCCCAACGGCACGAGCCCGAGCCAGAUCUUGUGCCCGAGCAGCGGCCGGUGUCCCGGCGAGGGCUCGCCCGCGUUCCCGGAGUGCACCCCAGGCAUGCCGAACGCCUGCGCGUGCGAGCAGGAGAUGAACGGCGACGAGCAGGCGCUGACGUGCGAGUGCCCGCAGACCGGGGACUGCUACGACGCACUGCCGCCCGAUUCGGCCGCGGGUGGCUCGUCGGCCACUAGCGUCUCUUCCUCCGACGGCAACUCCUCGACCGCCAUGGCCUCUUCGACCACCACCGUCUCUUCGGCCGAGGGCAACUCCUCGGACGCGGGCAUGGACGAGGACCUCAGCCCGGGCCACCACUGCGCAACGAAUCAGUUCUGCGGCUUCCCCAACCACACGAGCGUGAGCCAGAUCCUGUGCCCGAGCACCAACAGGUGUCCCGGCGAGGGCGCGCCCUCCUUUCCGAGGUGCUCGCCCGGCGCGUCGGACGCCUGCGCCUGCGAGCAGGAGAUGGACGGGGGGAAGCAGAGGAAGACGUGCAAGUGCCCGCAGACGGGGGACUGCUACGACUCGGUGCCGCCCGGCCAGGAGCCUCCUGCCGGCGCGGACGACCAGGCGGUGGAGGCCUUCGCAGAAGACCACGCGCCCGGCAGCGACUGCGCGCAGGGCCAGUACUGCGGGUUCCCCAACGGCACGAGCCCGAGCCAGAUCUUGUGCCCGAGCAGCGGCCGGUGUCCCGGCGAGGGCUCGCCCGCGUUCCCGGAGUGCACCCCAGGCAUGCCGAACGCCUGCGCGUGCGAGCAGGAGAUGAACGGCGACCAGCAGGCGCUGACGUGCCAGUGCCCGCAGACCGGGGACUGCUACGACGCACUGCCGCCCGAUUCGGCCGCGGGUGGCUCGUCGGCCACUAGCGUCUCUUCCUCCGACGGCAACUCCUCGACUGCCAUGGCCUCUUCGACCACCACCGUCUCUUCGGCCGAGGGCAACUCCUCGGACGCGGGCACGGACGAGGACCUCAGCCCGGGCCACCACUGCGCAACGAACCAGUUCUGCGGCUUCCCCAACCACACGAGCGUGAGCCAGAUCCUGUGCCCGAGCACCAACAGGUGUCCCGGCGAGGGCGCGCCCUCCUUUCCGAGGUGCUCGCCCGGCGCGUCGGACGCCUGCGCCUGCGAGCAGGAGAUGGACGGGGGGAAGCAGAGGAAGACGUGCAAGUGCCCGCAGACGGGGGACUGCUACGACUCGGUGCCGCCCGGCCAGGAGCCUCCUGCCGGCGCGGACGACCAGGCGGUGGAGGCCUUCGCAGAAGACCACGCGCCCGGCAGCGACUGCGCGCAGGGCCAGUACUGCGGGUUCCCCAACGGCACGAGCCCGAGCCAGAUCUUGUGCCCGAGCAGCGACCGGUGUCCCGGCGAGGGCUCGCCCGCGUUCCCGGAGUGCACCCCAGGCAUGUCGAACGCCUGCGCGUGCGAGCAGCAGAUGAACGGCGACCAGCAGGCGCUAACGUGCGAGUGCCCGCAGACCGGGGACUGCUACGACGCACUGCCGCCCGAUUCGGCCGCGGGUGGCUCGUCGGCCACUAACGUCUCUUCCUCCGACGGCAACUCCUCGACCGCCAUGGCCUCUUCGACCACCACCGUCUCUUCGGCCGAGGGCAACUCCUCGGACGCAGGCACGGACGAGGAC